UGCUGAGUAAUUAACAUAGCCAGUGCGACUGAGUUAAGUAUAUUAUCUCAAACAAAGAAAGUAGAGACGACAGUCUUUACUUUUACUUUGAUUAAUGGUUACUGUAGUAAUAUCUCUACAAUGAAAGAAAAUGUUACCUCUUCGAGUGAAAAUCUAAAUGUGCAAUCAAGCAAGUACAGACAGAAUCUUUUAGAAGUACCGUCACUGCCUGCGGAAGACCGAAUUCUUCGUGCAUUUCGUCCACAACAACAAACUCAGACAACCAAGCAGACGACAGACGAUUGUGCGCGGGAAAAAUGGAAUGGAAAGAUAGAGUUCGUUUUGUCUUGUGUUGGACAAUGUAUAGGACUGGGAAAUGUGGUCAGAUUUCCCUACCUCUGUUACAAGAAUGGUGGAGGUGCUUUCCUUGUUCCAUACCUGCUGACGGCAAUAUUCGCUGGUAUACCUAUGUACUUCUUGGAACUAUCUUUGGGGCAAUGGUUAAGUACGGGUGGACUCAGUGUAUGGAAAAUAAGUCCACUUUUCAAAGGUGUUGGUUAUGCUUCUGCUGUUAUAGCAGCGUGGUUGAACAUAUACUACAUCGUUAUUCUGGCCUGGGCUGUUUACUACCUGUACCACUCGUUUUCUGACCCUCUUCCCUGGGCUACCUGUAACAACCCUUGGAACACUCCCUUCUGCCUGUCCGACUACAAAAGGGAAUUCAAAGAUUACAACUGUUCUAAUGGGACAUCUUGGUAUUCUCAGAAUUUAUCGAAUAAUGGCAAAAACUCAACACUUUGGGCAAAAGUUGGGACGAAUUGUUCCUCUAUCGUGUACACUUCUCCAGUACGGGAAUUCUGGGAACGCAAUACUUUACGAAUAACUAGUGAUGUUGGUGAACCUGGGAAGCUGCGUGCAGAGUUGUCCAUCUGUCUGUUAGCUGUGUGGAUAUUGUGCUAUUUUUGCAUUUGGAAAGGAGUAAAAUGUUCUGGAAGGGUUGUUUAUUUCACGGCAUGUUUUCCCUAUGUUCUCAUGUUCAUCCUCCUAAUUCGAGGAGUAACGCUUCCAGGUGCUCUGGAAGGAAUCAAAUUCUAUGUAUAUCCAGAUCUAGAAAAACUCUCCGAAUCACAGGUGUGGAUAGAUGCUGUCACUCAGAUUUUCUUUUCCUAUGGCUUGGGUUUGGGAACACUAAUCGCAUUGGGAAGUUACAACAAGUAUAAUAACAAUGUCUGCAAAGAUGCUAUUUGUAUAUCUCUCCUGAACAGUGCCACCAGUGUUUUCUCUGGCUUCGUCAUCUUCUCUGUCAUCGGUUUCAUGGCGUACGAGCAGAAGAAACCGGUCAGCGACGUUGCAGCUUCAGGACCUGGUUUGGCUUUCCUUGCCUAUCCUAAUGCUGUAGUUCAGCUUCCAGUAUCACCAGUCUGGGCCGUUCUCUUCUUCUUGAUGCUGUUAAUUUUGGGAAUGGACAGUCAGUUCUGCACUAUGGAGGGUUUCUUUACGGCUGUGAUAGACGAAUAUCCGGGACUUUUGAAAAAAAGGCGGGAAAUCUUUAUCGGUGUAUUCUGUUUCCUCUCAUACUUGAUUGGGUUGUCUAUGGUUACCGAGGGCGGUAUGUACGUGUUCCAGUUGUUUGAUAACUACUCCGCCAGCGGACUAUGUCUUCUUGUCCUCAUUUUCUUCGAAUGUACAGCGGUUUCUUGGGGAUACGGUGUGAAGCGGUACUACGAAAACCUCCAUAGUAUGUUGGGUUAUUAUCCAAGAUCAUUCUGGAAAUUCACAUGGGUAGUUUCUACACCUGCACUGACGGCAGGUAUCCUACUAUUCCGCUUCAUCAAGUUUAAACCCGUGACGUAUUUGGAGUAUGAAUUUCCCACGUGGGCUCACGUGAUUGGCGGUAUCAUGGCUCUGUCGUCUGUUUCUCUGAUUCCUAUUUAUAUGAUCUUUAAGCUACUCACUACAUCAGGAUCGAUAAGCCAGAGAUUUCGGUUAUUGGUUCGACCAGAGAUCGACCUUCCUGGUGGAGUGGAACCCCCUCCUCCAUACUCGGCUGUUUACACAAGUGUCGGGGUGUAGAUGUAAAACUAAAAACACUGUCAAUGUUCAGUAUAGAAUGUGGUCAAGAUUCGGUAAUAAUAAUUA